AUGCUCAUCAUGUCAAUUUUCAUUUCUUAUCAUAUUCUCUACUGUUCAUAUCACACGCCUCACUUCGGCGUGAUUUCAUCUCUCUCUCUCUCUCUCUCUAUUAGAUACUUUUUCUCUCUCAUUCUCUCUCUCUCUCUCUCUCUCCAUCAGGUUCUUUUUUCGUUCACUCAUUUAAUCUCUCUCUCUCUCUCUCUCUCUCUCUCUCUCUCUCUCUCAGAUAUACUUUCUCUUUCAAGCUCUUCAUAUCUUUCUCUAUUAUAUUCUCUUUCUCUUUGGCACUUUUCAAGUCUCUUUCACCCUCGUCCUCUCUCCCUAUCUCAGCCUCUCUAUCACGCUCACAUUCUCCCUGUUCAUAUCUCUCUCUCUCUAUCAGAAUCUCUUUUUCUUUCAUUCUUUUCAUCUCUCUCUUUCGAUCAGAUUAUCUCUCUCUGUCUCUGUUUAUAUAUCACACUCUUUCCUUCUGCCAGAUUCCAUUUCUAUUUCUUCCAGUUCAUAUCUCUUUCUAUAUAUCUCUCUGUUAGGCUCUCGUUUUAUUUCACUGUUUAUAUCUCUAUCAGGUUGCCUUUCUCUUUCACUCUCUCUCUCUCUCUUUCUCUCUCUCUCUUUCUUUCAGAUUCUUUUUCUCUUUUACUCUGUUCAUAUCUAUCUCUCUAUCACGUUCUCUUUCUAUUUCAUUCACCUUAUAUUUGUCUAUCAGAUUUUCUUUCUCUUUCACUCUCACCAUAUUUCUAUCUAUCACCUUCUCUUUCUCUUUCACUGGUGUUCAUUAUCUAUCUAUCUAUGUUUCUAUCUAUCUAUCUAUCUAUCUAUCUAUCUAUCUAUCUAUCUAUCUGUCUGUCUGUCUUUCUAGCGCUAUACGUCUAA